AAAAAAUUGAAGUACUACAUCCCAGAAAGUGUGUAUGAAGGUUCGUAUCCCCCGUACGCAGGAGGCGGUGGGUUCCUGUACUCUGGUGAUCUGGCACUAAGACUGAACAAUGCAUCUGACCAGGUGUGGAGGAGCACUGGUGGCUGUGCCUGGUCCACUCCCACGGAGAAAGAAUUGUCUUGGCAAGUAAUUGGGAGUGUGUGAAGAGUAAGGGAAAUAAAUAAUAGAGAUAGAAGAACAGAAUGCAUCUGAAAGCACGAUGGGAAUGAGAUCUGGGGACAGCUGGGACCCAGAAGGUGAAAAGUCUUAAAAAAGGAAGGAGUCUACUAAGAUGAAGGCAUGAGAAAGUUUGACUACAAUAGAAGGAAUGGAAUUAGGAAACUGAAAGAAGAUGUGUUUGGUUGAGACAGCUGAAUGUGGAUGCAGUCUUUGUUCUUUUUUCUUCCCCAAUACAGCAGGGAAAAUGAAGUGCUGCUGUGAUUAAGAAAUGCUGCAUCAGGGUGAGCCAUUAGAAUCCAUUAGCUUGUUUGUAUAAAGGCUCAGGCCUUUGCUUCAAAAUCCAACUGGGAGGAGAAAAUACAGGAUAAGGAAGGUAAAUGAGCUGUAAUUAAUGCACAAAUUAUAAGGUUUAUCUUCCAGAGGAUGGAGUCCCUGUUUUCUGCCAGUUGGUUCCUUGGCCCUACUGCAUUUUACACUUGGAUCCCUUCUCUUCCUCCCCUACCCAGUUUUGUUAUGUAGGCUUGAGUGAAAUGUAGCACUUGAGAGGGCUGGUGAUAAGAGAAUUCCUGGCAGCCCUUUUCUGCUUUUCAAUGUUGGGAGCACUGAAAGCCAAACUUCAAAAAGGGUUUUGGCUGGCAAGUACAAGAAAGAGGCCCAUUAGAAUUCACUGGAAGGUUUGCAUUGGGUAUGCAAGUCAGCAAGGAUCCUCAUGCAGGUAAUGCUGAAUUUGGGGCUUUGUCAUGCAAAGUGAGCAAUCCAGCUCUUAUCUGGUGCUGCUGUUCUCAUCUAGCCCACAGUCAGCAUUCACCCCCUGAAAUUUGGCCUCCUUUCCCUUCUGCCUUAUUGCACCUCAUAUGUGUAAGAUUUCCACUCGAGUUGCGUUUGCUUGAGGGCACCAAUCCAAAUGAGUUCACGUCUGCACUGAACUAUUUCCUUCUCAGAAUAGUCAUGAAACCAACUUAGCAAGCAAAUAGGGCAGGGAGAGCUGCUUAAUGGAUCCCUUUCAUCAGCAGAAAUCAUGGAGGUGGUUCUGAAUGGAGCAAUGUCUGUCAAUCAGCCCGAGCACAAACACUUCAAAUUCUCUCCUUUCUCUUCCUCUAACUUUUUAAAGCUGUUGUCCCCCUCCUUGCUGGAUGAAGGUGAGAACAGGAGUGGGAGUGAGAAUUAAAGUAAACUGCAGUUCUGGAAGCAAAUUUUCAAAAUGUCAGGAGUGAUGAAAUACUGAGCAGGUCAGUUUUUCUGUUGUGCUCAGACCAGGUAUUUGAUUGCUAAUCACAAUUUAUAUUUGUAUUGGCCCGGCCUGUUCUAAGUAGUGUUUAAACACUACUUAGAAAUCCAGCUCUGGCUGGAUUCUGCUGAGGGGUGGCUGAGCAGCACCUUGUGGGCUUUGCAGGCCAGCCUUUUCAAAAGAUAGAGUCCAUUUCCAUUUGUCAGUGAAAACAUUUGUACCCUGCCUAAUAACACCUGACUGAACCAGGUGAGCUGGGCUUAAGUUGGUCUUGGUGUGUCAGUCAUCACUUCAGGCUCUGUUAACAUCUGUGUAGGUAUGGAACAAAUCUCUGUGACCUCAAAUUUUGCUCCAUUUUCUGUAAUUUCAUGUUAUUGCAGUUAUAUAUAUAUUUUUUCAAGCUGCCUUCAAGCCUAAAGACUUCAGACAUGAGUUAUGUGCUUUAGAUGAAUGCACAGUGAGUUUCCUGUCAGAAAUGCAUUGAGACAAAUAUGACAAUUUCAAAUUUUAGAUGAAGAGAAUUCCAAUCACUCUCCUAGCUUCUGGACUCAUUGAUUUACCUCUGUGUGUUCAACCCGUGUCAUCUCCAGUCUUUCCUGCUAAGCUCUCCAUCUAAAUGAAUCCAUCUUUCCUGCCUUGUCAUAUGUUUUUGUUCCCUCUGUCCCCUCAUCUCUCUCAUCUCUCGGUGGACACUGUGCUUGCCUCUCCAGUAAAAAUUUUUACCAAAUUUUUUUUUGUAAAAAAAUUUACAAAGUCACCUCUAUCAGAGCUUGAUUUCAAACUGUUUCAAACAGGGGAGUAAAUGGAGGAACAACGCUGGGCUGCUAAACAAGCUGUAAACUUUCUGAUUUUGGACUUGGCUUUUCUACUGCCACUGCCAUUGUAAUUUCUUUAAACAAAACUGCUCUGGACAGAUUUGGAGAGAGUUUCUACAGGGAUUAGAAAUAAUCCCCAGACAUCCCCUGUUAGAUUUUUAAGACCAGAGCUGCAGCUUAGUAUUUGCUGUGGCUGUAUUUUUGUGUCCUUUUCCCCUCUUCCUCCAUCCCUCUGGAUAAAUUUUGGCUGAAUUCUGCAAAGAUGAUUCAUUUGUGUUUCCUCAUUUGUCCUAAAUGUGUCAUGUUUUUUCCCCACUACUCCUAUCACUGAUACUCCCCCUCUUCCAGAAAAGUCAAUGUUUUGUGACAGCACAAAUUUUGCCUUUUUCUGGGGACAUUACAUCCACACUGUGCUGACAGAUCAGCCAGACUGCCUGUGUGUGAUGAGUAUUUGAAAGCCCUGCUGAAAGGAAGUCACAAGAUUUAAGAACACAAACCUUUCAUUUGUACAAUACAUUUGAGUUGUGACUUCAGCCAUCAAGCCACAUCAAAACAUCAUCCUUCAAGCCACUUCUUCACUGUCUUCUUACCUGUAGGAUCAUUCUGGUUUUUAAUAUUUUGUGGUCUUGCCUUCCUGGUAUCCUGUAGCAUUAGGUUGUGGUAGAGUUGGAAAUAGUUGUGUGAUUUAUGCUCAGUCCAUAGAACUGCUUGGCCAAGUGAGGAAGCUCUCACCUGUCUUUAGCAGAUCAGACCUGAAAGCUCAGCUGUGAGCCUGCUAUAGAGCAAAAUUUUACUGAGAUUUGAAUUAUUCUUCAGCAAUAUUGAAGAAAACAGAAGCGUGUUUAUGUCCCUAGAGACCCCUUGUGCUUUUCUUCUUUUCCAAAAUUUGCAUAAUAGUUUGCAUUUCUUAUCGUCCCAUAUUCAAACAUAUACAAAUUCUUUUAGAGAAACAAAUGAGAUGGGGAGAGCAGUGGGUGGGAAGAAAUCCCCACUACAGAUGUUACCAAAUCUUGCCAGGGUAGGAAAUACUAGGCUGAGAUGAACUAAAAAAAUGAACUUUCACUUUGGUGGAUAUCUUAUUUAGUCACAGUGGGAAGUAGGAGAAACUUUAAGACAAAAACCCAAAUGAAAUUGUCUCAUUUUCCUUUCCUUUCAAUCUUUCUAAUGUGUUGGGAAACAGACUUCUGCUUCAGCUGUAGGUUUGGCUGCUGCCCAAGAGACCUAAAAGUUUCAUCAUCUUGUUACUUGUUGACCACUUUGUUUAUGAGAACGUAAAUGCCAGAGAGGCCAAGUGAAUUGUUUUUCUUAGGCCUGUCCUACAUGACUUUGAUACAGUGCCAGCAGUAAUGAUGCUUAGCAGAAGAUAAUGGAGAGUAUCCCUGUCAGGAAAGCUGAAACAUAAGCCAUGCUCUGUGAUACCUGGAAACUGGAUGACUUUCAAGAGAGAGCUGUACAACAAAUCCUGUGCUGUAUGAACAUCCAGCAUCCAGUGCUCCAAGAAUAAGAAGAUUGUCAGUCAGCUGCCUCCUCCCUGGAUACAAUUUGAGUGAACACUGGGAAUAUCAUCAGUACCUUUUUGGACUGGACCAUCCCCAGAGGGUGUUGCUGCUCUCCUCUGUGUUGCCUGAGCCGUCCUGUGUGAUGGAGUUGCAGCUGUCUGCUGGAAAGUGAAGUGAGAUAUGUGCCUGUGUCUUGGGAGGAGGAACUGGCACAGACCCAAUGCACUGAAUCUCAGAUGAGGCCUGGUCCCUUAUUCCACUUCCCAGGCACUUCCAGCACAUAGCUGGAAUCUCCUUGGAUAAUGGCCUAUGUGCCUAUAAGAAGCUGCCACAGAGUGCUGAAGGACAAAUAUGGGGAGUUUUCUCCUCCAGCAUUCCAGACUGAUUUCCCUGUAAGCUUUUGGUGCAACUGGACAAUCUGGGCAGGCUCCAGGAAGCACAUCGUAAUUUAUAUCCAGGGAUUUAUCACUAAGGAUGCUUGCAACAAAAAUGAGGACAAAAUUCUGUUUGAAGGGGUCUCCUCCCUGGUGGAAAACAGUGUUGUUUAUGCCUGCUGGAAAAAGGAGAUGCACGUUUUUGCCACCUUUGCUCAGGCUGUCCACGUUGUGCUGCUGAAGAGGUACUUGCCAAACCAGGGAGAUGCACGAUUUAAAGGGAAGUACUACAUCUUCCAAGACCAGCAAGGUGUCUCUCCCUCCAGUGGUGUAAUUUCUGGAACUUCUGCUUCAAAACUGCCAAAGAAAGGUGGUGGUUUUCAGUCUGGCUGGGUUGAAAACCUUAGAGAUGCACUGGGCUUUGCAGCCACACGUGGCAGCACCACCGUGCUAAGCAGUGAGCAGACGCAGGCAAGAGGGAUCCCUCUGGACACCACAGCUGUGGGAAGUCCUGCAGAGCUUAUCCCAUGUGAACGUGCAAGGACACAAGCUCUAGAAGCAAAAGCUCCUUGUGGGCUGGGGUCUGAGCUGCUGGAGCCUCCAGGCAUAGGAGCACCUGAGGGAAUAAUCCCCACUGCAGCUCAGGACAUCUGGGGGCAGAAUCCCUCCGUGAGUGAGGGCAGUGCUGUCAGUUCUGCUCCUGUGCACAGCGUGCUUUUGGAAACUCCUUUGCUUGGUGCCUUCCAGGGAGCAGAACCUUUUUGGCAGCCAGCAGGUGUGAGUCUGGAGAGCAGCCAGCCUGUCCUGAGCCCUACCCUGAUGCCAAAGGGUCUGGGCCACCUGCAGCUCACCAUUAAACCAACAGGCACGGGUCACCUGGCCUUGGCUGCACACUCUGAGCCUCUGUCCCCUGGCACAGGGCAAAGCCAGGAGGGCACAGGUCCCACCAGGGACAGCCAGCUCAGCACAGCCAGCCUGGAGAAGGAUGGAAGCCAUGCCCUGCUGAGUGUCCCAGCUGAUGGCCUGGCCAAGGGCCUGAUGCCCAGCCUGAGGAGCCCCUCUGACAUGGUCACCAGGGGCCAUUGGCAGCUAUUUCCUGAGAGAAGCCAGAGCAGUUUGGGGCAUUUGUCCACACCUAAACCUGAGCUGGGCACAAUUGGCCUCCAUCAUACCAAGCUCAUGGAUAUUUUCUCACGGGGAAGUUUUGGGGGAGCUGUCAGGAGGAGAACAGUGCUGCAUCCCACAGCACCAGGGCUGGCUGUACCUGCUUUGGCAACAGGGCUGGAGCAUCCUCUCACACCUGUGCCUGCCCUGGGGACAGAAACCAUCCCUGUGCUGGUGACCUCCUCCACAGAGCCUGUCCCUGCAGACUUUGGCUCUCUGGAUUUAGUUCCUGAAGCACCUCUUCCUCCACAAGUGGAGUCUCUGUCCAUGGUGCCCUCUCCACCAGCUGCUCUGGAUUGGGAACCUGUCAGUCUCAGGCAAAGGGACAUCUCCCCAGCUAGCCCAGGAGGACAGGAGGUGGUCUCCCCUUCACCACCCUGCCAUCCAUCAGGAGCCUCUGAACUGGGCGCAGAUGGGUCCUCCAGAUGCCUUGGUCCUGGGAGGCAAAAGGUGGUGCUGGGACAGGGAGGUGAAACCACAGCCUCUCUGGGCUUGAUGGCCAGGAGUCCCUCCCCAGUCUUUGUCACUGUCCCAGGGCCUGGUGUGAAGAUUGCUCAGCCUGAGGGCCGUGUCAGCAGAGGCUCUGGGGUGACACCAACUUCCCUGUUGGACACCAGAGGGGUGCACGAGGUGCCUGUGCAGCAUCAGGACGGUGCUGCUAGCGACAAACCUGCUUCUGUCUCCAGAUUCAGGGGGUUUAAAAUGCAGGGAACCACAGAAGCUGUGCAAGUGGGUGCAGGACAGAGGACAGCAGCACUCAGCAGCACUCCUGCACGCCCUGAUCUGCCUGCAGCUCCGUGGGGAGAAACACUGCCAAGAGACCAAAAGCCCUGGGAUCCCCCUGGUGUACCCGGGAACACCCAGAUGGCAGCAGGACAGCAAGGGAAACAUGCUGAGCUGGGCCCCCCCUGGGUAACAGAGUACUUUCCCAUCAGGAGCUGCCACCUCACUUUCCGGAAUGGGUCUGGCCUGUUCUACCUCCCGCUGCACAUGGACAUUAAACCAAACAUCUGGUGCAACUGGACCGUCUGGGCAGGCCCCCAGAAGCACAUUGUCAUCUACAUCCAAGGGUUCCAGGGGAGUGAUGGCUGUGGCAACAACCAGGACAAGAUCAUCUUCCAGGGGGUCUCGUCACGCGUGGAAACCAAAGUGGUGUUUGCUUGCCACAACCAAGGCACUCUGAUCUUUGCUGCACAAGCCACUGAGGUCCAGGUGUUGUUUCUGUCAGGGAGUGGUUCCAGAAGCCAUGAAUACAGGUAUUUUAGAGGACAGUACUAUGUAUUCAGAGACUCUGAAACUGUGGGCUCUUCAAGUGAUACUGAUCUUCAAGCAGCUCCCCAGGAGACCUCUAAAAAUGAGAGCUGGAGGACAGCGGUGACCAAAGGUUUGUUGUCCAUGCUGACAGCUCCUCCAGCCCCACCAGCUGCACCUGCUGGUGGCAGGAUCCAGCCUGACAUUGUGAGCCCAGAAGAGGUGGGCAAGCAUUCUCCUGAUCUCAUGGAAGAUGGUCAGCCUGGUGCUAAGCAGAGUGAGCAUGGUCAGGAUGAAAGGAACCUUAAGGACAGUGUCAGCAAGGGACGAGAAACUGAAGAUGACAUGUUGGUGGAGCCAGCUCCAGCUGGGCAAGACACUGGGGGCAAAGCUGAGCCACCUGCCUUGGAGCUGUGCCCUGGGACACCCCUGGCCACCAUGGUCCCAUGUCACCCAGCUGGUUCCCCUUGCUCAGAGAUGCCCAGCAGCAGUGCAGGUGUUUCUGACACAUCACCUACCCUGGGUCAGGCCAGUGGCAGCCCCUCAGAAGUGGCAGCUGCUGCACAUCACACACAGACACCAGAGCUGGCAGAGCCACCACUGAACACCAGCACAAAACCACCUCUCUACCCCUCUCCUGGUGUGACUGCUGCUGAUGUGCUGUCUCUGGGAGGAACGACUGAAGAGCUCUUUGAUCUGAUGUCAUCUGUGGGGAACGACACAGGACUGCAAUCCCAGCACCAUCCUGGAGAUGUGCUGUUUGAAGUCAGUGUUGAAAUCAAACCCAAGGACUGGAUUCCUCACAGUGGGAGUGAGUUCCAAAAGGGUCUCCUUGAAUCUCUGAAGAAUCAUAUCCAGAAAAAUCUGAAGCUUUCUGCCAACAGAGUCAGUGAAAUAAAGUUAAAGGAUGUCAAAAGGACGAGGGAUGCCAACCUGCUGCUCACCUUCUGGCUGCACCUGGAGCCAGAGGAGAGGAAUGUGUCUCUGCUCCUGCGCUCACAGCUGGAGGAGGUGCUUGGCACCUCGGUGGCUGUGGAGCAUCUGCAGCUUGUUUCACUCUUUGUUGAAGAUGUGAACGAGUGCCAGGCUGGGCUUGGCCUCUGCGGGGAGGAGGCGGAGUGCUUCAAUGGCGUGGGCACCUACCUGUGCCGCUGCAAGAAGGACUACGAGGACCACUCUCCCAGCAAGUCCGGCACGCUCUGCAUCCGCACUCCCCGGGCAGGGAUCAGCACCUUCCUCCGCCACGCUGACAUGCUGGUGGGCGCAGCCCUGGUGACCGGCCUGGUGCUGCUGGUGGCCUUUGGUGCCCUGUGUGUCACGGCCCUGUGGGGACAGGCCCCCAGGAGGAGCCCCAGGCCUGAGGAGCCCCCGGUGAGGGCCGUGGAGGAGCCGGCCGUGGAGCUGCACGCCCUGGGGGAGUGCCUGCAGCUCGACCCCUUCCAGCUGAAGCUGCGGGCCAGGGCCCCCGAGUGGCUCUGGAGUGUCCGUGGCCAGCCCGGCCAGGCGGGACAGCGCUUCCCAGAGCCGCCUGCCCCGCUCUGAGGGGCCCGGGCCUCCGAGGCCUGUGCGGUCACUGCCGCAUUUCCCCGAGUUUCUGCCACAGCCCCGGCUGUGCCAGCCCUUCUGCUGUGUUUUAUGGACCAUGAAUAUCCCACAACAGUGUUCCUCGUGUUGUAAGUUAAUUUUUUUAAUACUUGCUCAGCUUGGGGAACAAAGUGUUUGAUCUAUGCUGUGGUAUGUCUGUUGAUUUAUCCUACUCGAGCUCUACACAGGAAAAUUAAAAACUAUUUUUUUUAAGAAAAAAGGAAAGAAAAUGUUUUGGUGCUUAAUAUAAAAUUAAAAAUAUUUCUGCAUCCUG